UUUGUGGAAUCCUACAAAUAUUACGUAACUCAAGUAUGUACAAUCUGUGGUGAUUCCGGUGAUCCAAUUCCAAUAUGGGAAGUUCGUUUAUGUCGAUUUUGCAUUGUCAGGCAAUUAGUCAAUAAGAGUGCAUUAUAUGCGUACACUUUAACCGCUAAGGAAAUCGAAGUGCUCAAGUCAUGGAAGACUUAUGUAUAUGAUUUAGGCAUGCAUUGUACUUUCUAUCUACGUACUCACCUUGAUCAUCUUCGACGUCAAAAAUAUUCUGAUCCUCAAAUCGCUUUGGAUGCUGAUGUUGAAAAACGUCAAUCCGAAAGGUUUGAAAAAGAAAAUCUUAAACGUAAGAGAAAGCAAAGGGAACAAGAGGAUUCUUAUAUAGAACGAACGGCCGCCGUACUUCAAUGUUUUAAAGAUCUUCGACUAAAAGCUGAUUUGGCUGUCAUGGAAGAAUGGUGUAAAACUCUUCGUAAAACUUUAGAUGAGAUCAUGCAAGAAUUACGUCAAGUAGUCGUUCCACGAGUUGAAAGAUUAAUGGAUUUAAAUCAUAGAUUAUUGG